UUUCAUGUUUACUUUUGCACGCUAUUUAUCGGGUAGCGUUUAGUGAAAAAAAUUGUAAAAUUAAUAUAAAAAUUGCAAAAAAACUACGUUAAAUUUAUGAUUUGAUCAACGUGCAUUGGAUAAUUUAUUCGAAAUGUCUGCCGUCAACGUGACCGAAAAUUACCAAGUGAUCACUCCGGAUUUCGUCGAAGCCACCGUAACGACAGAUGUCUCCAAGAAGAACAUGUUGAUGGUAAAAAAAUUCCAGAAAGAUUUAACCGUAUGGGAUCUGAAACAAAGAUUAGAAUUAAUGACCGGUAGAAAUGCCAGCACCAUGACCGUAACCGCUCUAACUGCUGAAGGAGACACACUAUGUACUCUGUCAGAAAACUACAAGUUAUUAGGAUCGUAUCCUUUAAACAGCGGUGUCCAGUUCCUGGUCGAAGAUCCAAUGUACGUUCCACACGAUACAGAAUCCGAGGAAGAUCUAGAAAAAAGGUAUCAACUUUCCGAAGAACAAUACUCUAGUAGAAGAGGUACCCUUAAGGAAUACCUAAUGAGGAACAAAUUAGGUAAAUAUAAUCCCGAUAUGAUGAAUAAAAAAGAAGAAGAAGCCAGGAAAGAAGAAGAAGAGCGCAAACGAUUACAAGAAAAAGAAUCUCAGAUCAUAGAUUCGAUCGAAAUAGGCCAAAGAUGCCAAGUCAGCAUUCCAAACCAAGUGCCAAAACGAGGCGAAGUCAUGUUCAAAGGCACCGUUAAGUUUACCGACGGGCUAUGGGUUGGAGUAAAAUACGACGAACCAUUUGGUAAAAAUGACGGCAGUGUCAAUGGUGUCAAGUAUUUCGAAGCUCCUCAAAAUUACGGAGCUUUUGUGAAACCUAUUUACGUCGAAGUUGGAGAUUUCCCCGAAAUCACCGAUGGUUUAGAAUACGAUGAUGAGUUUUGAUACCCUCCUUUUGCUUAUAGAUACUUAUUGAAUUCCACUUUGUAAUUUGUUUACUCGUUAACCGUUAUUCGUUUUAUUGUCUGGAAUGUACAUUGCAAUCGUAUUUGUUUUAGGAAAUGCAAUUCUAUGUAUCAUCACCCCUUUUUACCAACUAUUUAUUUUGUACUUUUUUUUUUUUAUUAUUUAUGAAAUGUUGCAAAAUUAAAAUUGUGCAUUUUU